AUGCCGUCGCUGGGGAGACUCGCGCCGCGGCUCCGGCCGCUCGUCGCGAAGCCGCCUGGAUCACGCGGCGAGGGAACGUCGGCGUGGAUCCUGGCCGCGAUGCACGGCUCCCUCUACGUCGCCCUGUCCGCAUCCCUGGUGCUCGCCAACAAGCACCUCGUGGUCAACACCCGAACCCCGAUCCUCAUCGCGUCGCUCGGUUCGCUCUUCGGAACGAUCGUCGCGUGGACGCUCGUGGGGUUCGGGCGCGUGGAGCUCAAGACGCGGCUCACGACGUCGCAGUGGGUGACGUACGUCCUGCCCACCGGGGUCUUCGCCGCGGUCGCACUGGCGUUUGCCAACCUGGCCCUGACGUACGUGUCGCUGUCGCUGGCGCAGAUGGCCAAAGCGUUCGCCCCCGCGGUCACCGCCGCGGCGCUCGUCACCCUUCGCCUCGACCGCGCCUUCGACGACAAGUGCGCCAGGGCGGUGUGCGUCAUCGUGGGGGGAUGCGUCGUCGCCGCGUGGGGAGCGACGGCGACGGGGAACGAGCCGCACGCGUGGAUCGGGCUGGGAUGCAUGGUGGCGUGCGAAAUCGCAGAGGCGCUUCGGCUCUGCGGCGUCCAGUACCUCCUCUCCUCGUCAUCCACGGUCAAGAACAACGCCACCACGGGAAACAGCAACACGGGGUUCGAUCCGGCCACCUCCAACCCGGGGUCCAGCCAACCUACCAACCAAGGCAUGACGCUCUUCGACGGCCUCUUUUACUUUUCCCCAAUCUCGCUCGCGUCCCUGUGGCUCCUGGUCUACGCGUUCGAGUGGGACGGCCUGUCCGCCGAGCUCCACGGCCGCGCCGCGCUCGGCAACCCGCUCUCCCUCCUCGCCACCGGAACCUUCGGGUUCCUCGCCAACGUCGCGGGCCUGGGCGUGGUGCAACACGGCGGAGCCGUGACGCUCACGACGCUGUCGCUGUUGAAGAACGGCGUGGUCAUCGCGCUCGCGGUGGUGGCGUACGGGGAUCCGGUGACGGUGCGCGCCGUCGCCGGGUACACCGCCGCGACGUACGGGUUCGUGAUGUACCAGGAGGCCCGCGCCAAGGCGGCGGCGGCGGCGGCGGCGGCGGCGCAGGGUCUCGGCUCAAGCGGAAUCAUCGGCGGCGGCGGCGGGAUAGUCGAGGGGGGGGUCGGCUUGGUCGGCGGCAACACGGUGACGUUGGGGGUGGGCGUCGCCCCGACCGGGGUGGGUGUCGACCUCGGGGUCGGGGUCGGGGCCAUGAACGGCGUCGUCGUCGGCGGCGGGGACGGUUCCAUGAGCUCGUCGAGCUCGGCCAAGAGUUUGCAGCGCACGUCGAGCGGACACGUGGUGACCGCGGUGUUGGGUCUGCCAAAGUUGAAGACGGGACGGCCGGGGGGGGCGAAGGCGACGGGGUCGUCCAAGGGGGGAGGCGGCGGAGAUAAGUCGCCGAGGCGACGGACGGUCGGGAACGUGGACAAGGAGAGGGAGCCGCUGAUUCCUUAG